AUGGUCGAGCCCACAUUACAAACACUACGCACCUUAAUCGAACAGGUCGGAAGCACCAUCCGUCCGUACGUCAUCCCCUUCGCCGUCAUCCUCGCUAUAGUCGUCCCCAUAAACCUGGCAUUUCAGUCAAACCCCGGUCUGCUCUCCAUCGGCUGGCGCAGCGGGGAAGGCUCGGCAACGUCGCUUCCGUACCAGCCGCCUAGCCUCGGAUGGGCUGCGUUUCUGUUUCCCAGCAUGAGUGGCAUUGACGCGGCCAUUUGUCGUGCAAAGGAGAAUUACUGGGAGAACCUUGUGCUGAGACGGAAGGCGUGCAAGGGAAUGCUGUACCCGCCACCUGUGCAGUACACACCCGUCUUGAUGAAGACCGUUGUGCUCAUCCCGACGUACCCGUGCCCGGCGAACGAGCGCAUUGGGGAGUGGGGAGAUGGCGGAAAGUGGACUUGCCUGCUGCCAGGCGCCAUUCAGAAGGACCCUGUCGUGUACAGCAUUGGCUGUCACGGGCAGUACUCAUUCGAGGACUCUAUCUACAAGCUUCUGCACGUGCAGUCCCACACGUUCGACCCAUUCCUCACUCCCGAAACUUCCGCCCGCAUGCAGAACGUCUCCUCCCUCAUCUUCCACCCCAUCGGCCUCUCUGCAAACUCCGUCCUCCAAGUCUACCACACCAAGUUCCCUAACAUGCAGUUCAAGACACUAGGAGGCAUCAUGGAGAUGUUGAAUCAUACAUAUGUGGAUGUGUUCAAGAUUGACUGUGAGGGGUGCGAGGAGGCGCUGAUUACGGAGAUCGGGGCGGCGAAUGGGAAUGCAGCGGCGCAGCUGACUGUGCACGGGGGCACACUACCGUUCGGACAAAUUCUGGUCGAGUUUCACAAAAUUCACGUGGCCCAGGUCAACCCACUGCUCGAUUUCAUGCUCCUCACACCCAGGAAAAGCUGGGUUCAGGAGAUGGCCUGA